AUGUGGGUCGAGCAGGCGUUAAAAGGUGUGCAGAUUCAGGGUGAUGACCCCUACAAGGUCUUUACAGCGGCUAAUGAUGCGCCAGGAGACGUCACGGAUUCCCGCUUGAUAUCAUUGGACAGGCAGUUCCGACGCGCAGACUUUCCAGCAAAGUUCUCCAUGUCAACCGUGGAGCCCAGAAGGACAGUGGCCUUCACAGGAGCACCGACAGAUCUACUGACUUUACUUCUGCAGCUCUCUUGUUGCUCGAGUGUGAUGGCUUCGCCUUCGGAUUGCAAAGCGAACUCUUUUGGUGGCCGCAUCUGGCACAAGGGUGCUGGAAGCGGUCUGACAUGGACACACGAAAGCUUUGCCGGCCUGUGCAAGCUUGCUUGCAGGAUGCCUGAGCUGCCACACAGUGUUCACGCGCUAAAAGAUGUGCGGCUGGUGCGCGACUUCUUGAAGAGGUCCAAAGGCUAUGCAUACAUAGACUUCGACUCAUCCGCGCACGUGGGAGAAGCGGUGGAGAAAUUCAACGGUCAGCAGGUCAACAAGCGCGUUAUGAGGGUGGCUCGCUCGCUGCCAACAAAGAGACUGUACGAGGAGAAGGUUCUUUUCGUCAAAAACAUCGGUGCUGCUGCGAGCGAGGAUGACAUCAAAAGCGCCUUUAGCGCGCAGGGGGAGGUUGCUAGCGUGCGGAUUCCACGAGACAACAGCCAGGAAGGCAAGGCUCACAAAGGCUACGCGUAUGUGGAGUUUGCAUCCGAUGAAACAGUGAAGGCGGCCCUGGCUUGCGAGAAGCCGAUGGAAAUAGGGGGCCAGGUCGUGGUGCUCUCCCGGUCUAUACCAAUGAAGGACCACCGUCACACCACAGCGGCAACAAGAAAAGACCUUCCUCAGCGGGUAAACCAGAGAAAUAUUGUUCAAGGUCGAAUUGAAAGAGAGGAUCCGGUGAAGCAAUCUUCGAAAUGCCCAACAACAGUGCAUGUGAACAACCUGGCCUUCAGCGUGGAUGAAGCGCAGCUGACAGAACACUUCCAACAAUGCGGGCCGGUCUCGCAGGUUGUCGUUGUCCGCAACGACAUGGGCCGGUCUCGGGGCUUUGGCUUUGUCGAAUUCCAGGAGGAAUCUGAUGCGCAAACAGCCCUCAUGUUUUCAGACAGUCUCCUCGGUGGGCGGGAGAUCGUCGUAUCGAAGAGCACGCGGGCCAUAAGCCAGAAGAAGAAGAGCAAGGACGAGAUUGAAAAAGGAGCUAAUAAAGGGUUGAGCAAAGGCAAGGAGAAGCCGCAAGACAAAGGCAAAAGCAAAGGCGAAGAAAAGAAGAGCAAAGGUAAAGGAGGCAAAGACUCUUCCAGGCGUCGGAUCAACUUGGAGACGGUCGAGAAGGAGGAGUCUGCGACUUCGGCUGCUGACGAGGUGCCUGCACUGGUUCGACCGGAAGUUCUGGACGAGGUGCCAGCGCCCGUGCACCCAGAAGUUCUGGACGAGGUUCCAGAGUUGAUGCGGCCAGACGUUCUGGACGAGGUGCCAGCCCUGACGCGGCCAGACGUUCUGGACGAGGUUCCAGCUCCAGUCUGUCCAGCCGUUCUCGGCGAGGUACCAGCUGCAGUGCGCCCGGAAAACCUGGAGGAGCCGGCAGCCAAGCGCCCCAAGGAGGAGGCGGCCCCAACAAACCUCUCCAACGCCGACUUCCGCAAGUUUCUGCCUUGUUGA